AACCUUCUAGUUUCUCAUCCACACAGACUCUCUGUUUUGCACUGUUGUCUGAACUGUUUGUUUGCAAUUUUGUUAAUGCUCUCUGUUUCCUACAACAGUAAGUCCUUCUCUAAUUUUAGCAAAACCCUUUCGAGAGAAGUAAAAAUCCCAAUUUUUAGUUUUCGAAAAAAGAAAGAAGAAAGAACCAAAUUUGGUGUAUAUAAUUUAAGGGAACUGCAAACAGAACAAACCCUCGCCAGAAUUCUUGUAUUGAAUCUCUUGUGUAAGAGAAACAUGAGGAACCUAUCUUUCUACCUCACGAACUUGACAAAUUUCCUCAACUUUCUUUUCCCUUUCCUUAUAAAAAUCCCAUCAAAAUCUUUGCCUGUGCAAAUUGAGACUAUGGUUUCUCUGGUUUCUCGUACUGGAAGAAAUCUACAGCGGUAUGAGAAAGGCUGUCGCCUUGUUGUAGGGUGCAUUCCAUAUAGAUACAAGAAAAGCCAAGAACCAACUUCGGUUGAAGAAUUAGAAGUUCUUGUCAUUAGUGCACAGAAUGGUCAAGGAAUGUUGUUCCCAAAGGGAGGAUGGGAAAAUGAUGAGUCUAUGGAAGAGGCUGCGAUGCGAGAGACAGAAGAGGAAGCAGGAGUGAUUGGUGUUGUUGGGGGUAAACUAGGCCCGUGGCAGUAUAAGAGCAAAAGGAGUAGCAUAAUGCAUGAGAGCUACAUGUUUCCUUUACUUGUUCAAGAAGAAUUAGAUAGUUGGCCCGAGAGCAAAAUCCGAAAAAGAAGAUGGGUUUCUAUUAAUGAAGCUAGAGAAGUAUGCCAUAAUUGGUGGAUGCGAGAUGCUUUAGAAGAAUUGGUUAGGCGACGAAGACUAAAUCCCCAAGCACAGAGUUAGGAAACCAGGAACAAGUUUCAACCUAGAAUAGGUUUCAGAGCGUCUUCUAGAUGAAGUACAAAUGUUGCUCCUUUUUCAUUCUAGUUGAUGUACAAAUUUUGAUUCAUUGAUUCUUUUAAGUCAAUAAACAUGAUUCUUUACUGCCUAGAA